CCGCCGCCUCCGUCUCCGUCUCCCCACCGCCACCGCCGCCGCCGAUGCCUCCCCUUGAAUUCGCUGGAGUUGGAUCUCAGGUCCGCCCUUCCCGUGCGGAGUCUCACGUCCGAACCCACACAUUCGCUCGCCCCCCUCUGGUCCUCGAGUCCGUGCGGACCCCGGAACCCUAGCCGGGCGCCGCCGCCGCCGGCCAGCGAGGGCCGCCGUCUCCCGCCCCUUCCUCGCCCCCUCCGUGCGGAUCCGACUCCCGCUCCUGACUCCCGCCGCUGGCCAGCCAGCGCCGCCCUCGCACGUCGCGAGGGGCCAGCCGGGGCGGCCGCGCCGAGGGCUCUGCUCGGCCAGGGCACCCCCCUCCCUCGCUCGUUCCAGCCCCGCGGCCAGCGAGCGCCGCCCUCGCUCGUCUGCUCGCCCCUCCGAGCCGACGCGGGGAUGGACGCGGUGCAGCGGCGGUUCAUGUUCGAGGACGACUGAGUUCCCUUCAUCCCCCUGUCUCGUCAAUUUUGCUAGUUGCGCGGCCACAGAUUUUUGCCCGCCGCCCUCCUCCCUCAUCUGGUCCUCCCUCACCGGAUAUGCUCUGGAUUUGUUCCUGCCGCCGACGGGCUUGCCGGCAGGCGGCCGCGUCGCAGGACUCCCAACAGCCAAAUCAGCGCAAGGGCUUCGGUUGCCAUGUGGCUCCAUGGCGUCGGCCUUCCAGGCGGUGAGCUGCUCCACCAUGGCGACACCAUCGAGUUGUUCUAAGAUGGCGCGCUCCUCAACGACCCCCACGUUAAGCUCCUCCACCCUCCACGGCUUACAUGGACAUAUUAAUAUAUGCAGAGGUGAUGAAGUUUGCCAACUUUGAAUUUCAUUUGUCAUUAUGCCCUGAUCCUGAUGUAAUUUAAGGCUCUGCCAGGUCUGCAUUUUUCAUCCCACAUUUGUUGGUUUGGUGAAUUAGUGUAUGCACUUAACUAAGUACAUUUUUCAAGAAACAAAACUAGGGGGUUUAGGCUCUGGUGCACCAUCAGAGAAACAUGGCCGGGGACGGCCCUCCCGGCUCUGGGGAGAUGCAACAGUUGGCUUCGCUUGGAAAGCUGCUUCUUGGCUCUGUUGGAACAGGUUUUACUCAUUAUUAUUCAACCAGAAGAGGGAGUUACAUUUCUUUAUCAAGCAAAGAAGGGCUAAACACUUCGGAUGGCUUUUCUGAAUCUGUAGUUUAUCAUGUGAACUGAAUUUUGGAGCGCAGCACAGGGCACGGGUUCAAAGUUGAAGGUGGAGGAUGCCACUUCUGAGACUCCUGGUACAAGUAGACUUAAAUAUAGCACUACCAGUUUGCAGCUCUUAGCAACUUGUGCUUUCCAAAUGUGUAUUUUGGUUCGUAGUCCCAUGUAAUUUCAAUUUGUAAGUGAAUCAUAGGAUGCACAUAUGUAUAUAUGAUAAUUGUUGAUGAUUGCUAUUUUGCAUGUAUAUGUGAUCAGAGAGAAAACUGUGAUGUGCAUAGGUGAGUGAAUCUACUACUGCGUAUAUAUAAUGGAGAAAAAUGUACUAUUGAUAUUUUUUUUGUUUUUUCAAUUCAUCAUUGGUGACGCAUUUUGUCAAACUAUGUCACCAAUAGCCCCACAUUGGUGACGAGUUCUAGAAAAAGGUGUCACCAAUGACCCCUCAUUGGUGACGCGUUUUGCAAAAACGCGUCACCAACGAGGGAUCAUCGGUGACGCGAGAAAUCUACGUCACCGAUGUGAACACAUCGGUGACGAAAAUUUGGUGACGCUAGUAUUUUUGGUCUCUGAUGUGUGUUUUUCCGCGUCUCUAAUGAGAGAUUCUGGCAUAGUGGCAGCUGGAUAUCUAAAUCCGUUGCCCAAAUCCACAUCCACCACAAACGGGUAGGGGAUGGAUAUACCCAUCUGUGAGAGGGUAUGGGGAGGAUAAUAUUGUAGUUACCCAUCCUUACCCAUUACCCAAACUCUAGGCUGGGAGGGAUCUCGGCCACAGGCCGCCGCCGCCGCCGCUGCGGGGUCCUUGUGAGACCGCUUCUCCCGUCGCUGCCAAGGGCCAAUCUGUGAGGCUGUUGCUGAUCCCGGCCGCAGGCCGCCGCGGCGGGUGACCUUGCGAGGCUUCUCCCGUGGCUGCCAAGGGCUGGUCCUUGAGGGCAUUGCUGAGGAGACCUGCAAAGCUAGCACCGUCGUCCGAUCCUCAAUCGCCACCGAUCCUGAUUCAAUUUCCGUCAGGACAGCAAAUGGUUUGGAUCUCGAUCUAUCCAGAUUCAAAAUAGGAGUUGUGCUUCUUGUCCUAGUAGCAGAAAAAUUUGGGAUGCACUAACAGGCCAUGUGCUCCACUCCUUCGAACACAAGCACAUUGUCCGUGCAUGUGCUUUUUCUGAGGAUACCCACAUGUUGCUUACUGGUGGUUUUGAGAAGAUUUUGCUUAAUGGCUAAUUAAAUUUUAUAUAUAGUAGCUAAAUGGAAGCUCAUGGGAUUGUUGGAAGCUCGGACAACACAGAAGAGAGGGAAAAUAGCUCAACUAGCUUAUGCUCUGAAGGUGUCAACCUCAAAUUGCAUGAAUGCGAUAGCUCAUACAAGUUCUUACCUUCGAAGGAGGACUGGCAGCAUAUUCAGUGUGUAGCAGAUUGCCUGAAGGUCUUUUAUGAGGUUACAAAAAGAGUUUCAGGUACAAAAUAUCCCACUUUAAGUCUGUACUUUAAUGAUUUUUGUGGAAUUUAUCUUCUCCUCCGUGAGUGGCAGUUCAAUGUUGACACAUUUGUUGCAUCGAUGGCUGUACCAAUGGUGGAUAAGUUUGAGAAAUAUUGGGACAUUGCAAAUAAAUUAUUAGAAAUUGCAAUAAUUCUUGACUCCCGCUACAAAAUGAAAUCCAUUGAGUACUACUAUAAAUUGCUUUAUGAUCCAUUUGUGGCUGAUCUGAGAAUUGAAUCUGCAAGAAAAUCAUUCCUUGAGUUGUUUAAUGAAUAUGCAAGUCAACCCUCCCAAGCAUCAUCAGAUGGUAACUCAUCAAGGAAUCUUGAGGCAGCAAUACCUAGUUCAACACAGUCAUCAUCUAGUUUGUUUGCAAUCAGAUUGGGACUAGAGAAUUUUAUAUAUGAGAGCAAUUCAAGUCAUCAUAGUAAAUCAGAGUUGGAGAUCUAUCUUGAAGACCCAUCCUCUCCUGGAAUUGGUAAUUGUUCUUUUGAUAUUCUGGCUUGGUGGAGGGUUAAUGGCCCAAAAUAUCCAAUCAUUUCUCGGAUGGCUCGUGAUGUAUUGAGUGUUCCACUUUCAACCGUGGCCUUUGAGUCAAUUUUCAGUUCCGCUAAGCGGAUACUUGAUGACUAUCGCUGUAACCUGCUCCCGGAAACAAUUGAGGCUAUAAUGUGUUCACAUGAUUGGCUCAAGGGUCGCAUACCAGGGGUGUUGAAGGUGACGUACCUACUUCUGAAUCAACUCUACCAACAAAAAGUCAAGAAGAUCAAAAUGAUGACGAUUAAGGAGCAGGACAAGGUUCCCAUAAAGAUUUGCAGGUCUCUAAGUGCUUUGCUGGUGGUGUGGAACAGAGUACAAACUUAUUUUUAUGUUAUCGUGUACUCUAUUAAUGGGAUCAAAGGAUUGGUCAAUGCUCAUAUUAUGAUUGUACAUUUCAGGAUGUCCUGUUUUACAUCUGCCAGUGUCCCCUUGUAGUUAUUUCCCCAGCGAUCUUAGUCUGUUGUUAUCAUCCCUAUGAAGGUGUAUAUUGACAGGAGUCUCUUUGAUUUCCUGAUUAUUUUAUUUUCUAAGAUCAUUGUAUUAUCAGAAUUAUCAGAAUUUGUUAGUAAUCAGUCUCCAGUGUUAGUGAUAA